AUGUUGAAUCAAAUGAAUUUAUUUGUAUGUUUUAUUGUACGGCUAUUCAGGCAAUCAAUUGGACUCCAUUGCGGGAUCCGAUGAGUUGGUUAUCACGACGUUUACCGACGGCCAGAAUGAGACGCCGCAGAACGUGACGGUCGAGUCCGCCGGCGCUACCAAUGUUAUAGUCCGUUGGGAACCGCCGGCCAAAGAGUUAUCGAAUUCAAUAACGGGCUAUAAAAUUAAAUAUAAAAUUAAAGGCAAUAAGAAGAUUGAGACGAUAUUAACCGAUGGGAACCGACGGCUCUAUGAAUUAACCAAUUUAGAGAAAGGCGUCACUUAUAAUGUGAAGAUACAGGCGGUCACUGCGAACGGCACCGGACCCUCAACCGACUGGUUGUCUGUCGAAACGUUUUCAAAUGAUUUGGACGAAACUCAAGUUCCCGAUAAACCCAAUAAUCUAAGGGCUAAACCCAAUGCUAACACAAUAUACCUGAGUUGGGCGCCGCCUAAUAACCAGAAUAUAAUGAUUAGGGGCUAUACGAUCGGUUGGGGAGUAGGCUUUCCCGACGUCUACACCAAAGUGCUCAACGAUGGAAAGCAGCGCUCGUUUACUAUCGAUAACUUACAGUCGUCUUCGGAGUAUGUGAUAAGUUUGCGUGCAUUCAAUCAGGUCGGCGACGGACAGCCCAUCUACGAGACCGUCAAAACGCUGGUCGAAUCGACGCCCGAACCGCAGCUACCAAUGCUUCCGCCCGUCGGCCUCAAAGCUAUUGUCCUCUCGUCGACCACUAUUAUCCUCUAUUGGACGGACACUACACUCGCGCGCAAUCAGUUAAUCACAGAUAAUAGACGCUAUUUAGUGAGAUAUACCAAUAAUUUUCACUCGAAUAAUCCGAAGUACAAGUACUUCAACACCACUGACUUGAAUAGUAUGAUCGAUGACCUGAAACCCAACACUCAAUACGAGUUUGCGGUUAAAGUGGUGAAAAACCGACGCGAAAGCACAUGGAGUAUGAGUGUGUUGAACAUCACCCAAGAAGCGGCUCCUUCUUCGCCGCCCAGAGAUUUAACAGUAGUGGCGGCCGUCAACGACGACCCCACUGUCAUCAACCUUCACUGGCAGCCGCCAAAGCAGCCCAACGGACAGAUCACCGGUUAUGUCAUAUUCUACACCACAGACAACACCCAACGCGACAGGGAUUGGGUGGUCGAGGGUGUGAUCGGCGACAAAAUGACCACAGUUUUGAAGGGACUCUUACCCGACUAUACCUAUUACUUCAAAAUACAAGCGCGUAAUAACAAGGGUUACGGUCCCAUAUCGGCAGAGGUUUCAUUCAAAACACUUCAAGCUUUACCCGAUUCUCAAGGAUCGCGAUAUUAUGACGGCCGCAAUAUAUCGACGAACACUCUGUACAUAAUAAUAGCGGUCAUAUCAGGCAUUUCAAUAUUGCUGCUCAUAGUUGUGGGCACUUUGCUCUGUCGGUCCAAGAAUUCUGCCGGAGUUAUCAACGCUAUGCGCAAACAUAAGGGAUAUAUGGCUGCGGCCACCAGUCCUACAGCUAAAGGCGCGGCCAUGAAAGGCAAAGGAGGCCGAGAACUCAAACCGCCCGACCUAUGGAUUCAUCACAACGAAGCUCUUGAACUGAAAGCGAUCGACAAAAGCCUUACGAACGAUAUAAUGACCGCAACUAUUCAACGGAAUCCUCAGGAAAUGGAUUGCGAUAUCAUUUCAUCGAAAAAGACGUCCACAUAUAGCGACUCACUCUAUGAUGACAUUAACAAAGAGAUUAAAAGGUCGUCGUCUCCCACAGAAUCGACAUUAAUAAUUAGCGGGACGUCAACCACCGGUCGGCGAACGGGUCGCGCGAAACCAAUCACAAUACCCGUCGAACAAACGCCGGUUUCCAACGGAGCCAUAAGUCUGGAGCCGUCGACCGGUCUGUCGCGACCGAUGUAUCCGCGGACGCAGUUUAAUAUUCCGCGCGCACACGUGAACGUCACUCUCGACUCCAUCGACGGACCCACGAGUUUGCACAGUUCGGCGCAUCAUCUGUACGAUCCGGUGGCGUCGCCCUCAUUGCAUAUGGGCCUCGGCUCCAGUUCGGUGGCCAACGGUCCGCAAAUACUCUCAAUGCCAGUGAACAGUCCGUCACCUCAAGUCAUUUCAAACACUAGUCCCGCUAUUAACUAUGGUUUAGGCAAACGACAGUCCGGCCAUCCAUUAAAGAGCUUUAGCGUUCCGGCGCCCCCUCCUCUCACUACACCACCAAAUGUGUUGCCACAGCAUAACAUGGUCAGACCUCAGUUCAUACCGAGUCCUCAUAAGAAAAUGGCAGCAAAUGGUAUGACAUCAUCGCAUAAGAACUCAUUGACACCGACCAGAACUCCCGACGCUCUACGAAGAGAAGAAUUAACUUCCUCUUAUAGUACAGAAGAGUUGAACCAAGAAAUGGCUAAUUUAGAGGGUUUGAUGAAAGACUUGAGUGCCAUCACAGCCAAGGAGUUUGAGUGCUGAUGAUUGUCACAACUGGUUUGCUAUAUAUGAACGCUUCGGUCAAACAUUUUGAGCUCAAUUUUGAUAUUAUUUAACUGAUUUGGAAUUGUGUCACAUUUUAACUGUGUUUUUAAACAAUUUACAAGAAUCUCACAAUUUGUUUAUAUAAUUCAGCAUUUUUUAAACCAUG